UUUAAAUUAUUGAGCCUACCCAGCUCCUUUUUGUUGAAGGUGAUAGCACACAUUAAAACAAUACUGAUUUGGGAAAUGAGAAAUAUACAAAGUGAAAGGUCCACGCGGGCACACAGUGGUGCGGUUUAUGUCGCUUGCUCAGUCGCUCCGCAAGCAGCAUCUGAAAUUGUCCCCAAUUUCGCCUGAGAGUGGGCUCCCCUCGUGGGGUGGGGGUGGAACAGAAGGGACGGGGAGGGACAUCUUCAGAGGCCCUGUGGGUAGGUGGACGGGAACGACGGAGGCCGAGUCUGCUGGGACGCGAGCGGCCACCGAGCUUGGCUGCGCCGGCCGCCUCUCCGCGGCCCUAGGGCCGAGUCGGGCGCAGCAGACCCCGCAUCCCCCGCCCUCGGCUCGGGGACCCUGGGCAGGCGCUGAAGGGAGCAAGCCGUGGCCGGUUUGGGGAGUUAAGAGAACAAAUCCUGACUCUCGGAGCGCCCCAGCCAGAGCACCCAAUCCGCGGGGGAAGACCCUGGGCGAUUACGAUUGGAGGGCGGGGAGAUUGUUGCAGCCGCGCCGGGGCACUCCCGGCUCGGCCGGCGGGCCGGCACUGCGGCGUGGUGGCCCAGACGAUGGACCCGCACGGCGGCCGCCGGCUCGGCGCGCGGCCGCCCGCCGAGGAGCCCAGUCCGCCGGCGUGCUGACCGGCCCCUCCGCCGCCGCCGGUGACCCCAGACGCCGCCUCCUCCGCGCCGCCCGCGCGCCUCGCUGCCCCCGGGCCCCGGCCACGCUGCUCCCGGGAGGCGGCGGCGGGCCGGGGCCAGGGCCCGGCAUGGAUGGCCGCGACUUCGCGCCGCCGCCGCAUCUGCUGUCGGAGCGCGGGAGCCUGGGCCACCGCAGCGCCGCCGCCACAGCCGCGCGCCUCGCCCCGGCCGGGCCCGCCGCGCAGCCCCCGGCGCACUUCCAGCCCGGAAAGUACUUCCCGUCGCCGCUGCCCAUGGCUUCGCACACAGCCAGCAGCCAUCUGAUGGGGAAUGCUCCGGCCCCCUCCUUCAUGGGUGGCUUCCUCACUGGCAGCCUGGGCUCGGCAGCCUCUGCGCACCCUGGUGGCACCGCACCCUCCUCCUCGGAGCAGGCCUACCGUGGCUCCCACCCUGCCGCCUCUCAGAUCUGGUUCUCCCCCCCCCACGAAGCUCCAGGGUACCCCAGAUUUUCGGGGAGUCUGGCAUCCACCUUCCUACCCAUGAGCCACUUGGAUCACCAUGGAAACGGCAACGUUCUCUAUGGGCAACAUCGUUUCUAUGGAACCCAAAAAGAUAACUUCUACCUGCGCAACCUGCCUCCCCAGCCCACGCUCCUGCCCACCAACCACAGCUUCCCCAGCAUGGCCCGGGCUGCCCCCAGCCACCCCAUCGGCUCUUGUAGCCGUGACCGGGGUGAGGCCGGGCCCCUGCAGAAGGGUACCAAGGAGUUUGACCGCUUUCUCAUGGGCAAAGAGCUGGGCAGAGAGAAGGCAGGCAAGGUGGCAGAGGGCAAGGAGCGGGCGGUGGCGGAAGAGGAUGGCGGCAAGGAGCGGCACAAGCUGGUGCUGCCCAUGCUGGGGGACAGCCACUGCAAGGAAGGCGGCGCUGCACCCCGGGGCACCUACGAGGGCCGCCCCAAGCACCUCGCCUCCUGCCUCCUCAACACCAAGGUGCUCGGCGGAGAGGUGGGCCAGGCCGCACUGGCCAGCUGCGCGGGAGGCGUGCUGGUGCGGCCCGGCAUGGGUGUCGCAGCCUCCGGACGCUGCCCCAAGGAGGCAGAGGGCCCCGCAGAGCCCGGGCCGGCCUUCAGCGAGUGCCUGGAGCGGCGGCAGAUGUUGCACCACACCGUGUCCUACACGGUGCCGUCUGGCCUGCCUGCUGGGCCCCCUCCACCCCUCAGCACAGCCGCCGGCUCCUUCCCCUGCCUGCAGCUGCACGCAGGCCCCGAUGGGCUCUGCCCACUGCAGGACAAAGUCCCCCGGGACCUGAAGGCCAGCGGGUCCACCUUUGUGCCUUCCGUGGGCCACCUUGCUGACAAGAGCCGCCCCUUCCAAGCAGCUGAGGCCUGUGCUGUGGUGGGUGAGAGCAAAGACCGACACCUCGAUGGGGCCACAGCCCCUGACCAUGCCGCACCUUAUGGGGUCUCCUAUGCCCACCUGAAGGCCGAGGGCAAGGGCGAACGGCGACCUGGGGGCUUUGAGACCGCCCUCAACCCUCGGCUAAAGGGCCUGGAGUAUCUCAGCAGUGCAGGCCCUGAGGGCCCCUUCCCCAGGCUCCCCAAAGGUGGUCUGGACAAAAGCAGCUACUUUGAGUUGCCCACACAGGACUGUGCCCGGCCAAGUCACCAGGAUCCACUGGGUGGAAAGGUCACCCAGGCCUGCUGCACUUUAGAUAAGGCUGCCAGCAAGGAGGUCCCCAUGGGCCCCCCAGGAGCCCAGAAAGUGGCCCGGAUUCGGCAUGAGCAGCACUUGGUGGCUCCAGAGGGGGACCCCGGGGGUAGCGGGACCGAGGCCAAGCGCAAAUCCCUGGAACUGGCAUCUCUUGGCUACGGCGGGCCCCAUCUGCCCCCAUGGAGCAUCCAGUCAGGCCAGGGCACCACCAUGGCCAUUGGCGAGGAGCGCAAGGGCAGCGCCUACCUGGACCCCUUCAGCAGCGGCCUACAGCAGGCUGCCCUUCUGUCCCAGGACCUGCCUGCCCCACCUGAUGAGGUGUCGGCCAUGAAAAACCUGCUCAAGUACAGCAACCAGGCGCUGGUGGUCGGCCAGAAGGCUCCCUUCAUGGGCCUGGGCGGUCUGAAGGCCAGCUGUGCCCAGCAGGACAUGAAGUUCCCAGCUUCCAAGGGCCCAGGCCAGGCCCCCAGUGAGGUAGAGAGGCCUGAUUGUGCCCGAAACCGGGAGCACGAUGCCCCACACAGCGACGGAGAGGUGCGGCAGCCACCUGUGGGCAUUGCAGUGGCCCUGGCCCGGCAGAAGGACACGGCGAGCCGGCCAGAGAUGACCUACAGCUCCAACACUGGGCGGCAGGGCCGGGCAGCCCCCACCUUCAAAGCUGGCGGCGGACCCCGCCCCACCCCCGCGCUGGAGCUGGAGGCCGAGGAGGACAGGGCGCGCCUGUGUGAGGACCGCCUGGGGCUCGCUGGCCGGGAGCUGCUGCUGCAGGACAACAAGGACCUUGUGGAGUUCACCCGGAUGCACCCACCGAGUGGCUGCCCAGGAGACCUGGCCCCUCACCUCAUGAUUGCUGGAGGCUCUUCCCUGCAGGGCAGCCAGCUGGGUGGGGACCCGGCCUCCCACCCCCAUCCUGCCCACCCUCCUUGGCUGCCGCGUACCCGCAGCCCCUCCCUGUGGAUGGGAGGACAUUCCUACGGCCUUGGGCACCCCGCCCUGCACCAGAACCUGCCCCCCGGCUUCCCCACCUCCGUGCCCGGCUCCAUGCCCUCCGUCUUCCCCCUCCCCCAGGACAGCCCUGCACAGCUGGUCAUCCUGCCCUCGGAGCCCUCGCCUCACACUGCCCCCCAUGCUCUCGCUGAUGUCAUGGACCAGGCCUCGCUGUGGCCCCCCAUGUAUGGGGGCCGGGGCCCUGCCCCACACAUGCAGCACCCGGGGCAGCUCCCUGUCUACUCGCGGUCCCAGCUGCUGCGCCAGCAGGAGCUGUACUCUCUGCAGCACAAGCAGCCGCGAACUGCCCAGGCCCUGGAGCUGCAGCGCACCACCCAGUUCCAGCGGAAGCCAGAGGACCACCACCUGGAACUGGAGGAGCCGACCCAGGAGACGACUGCGAAGUCCGCCCACAAGCCAGUUGCCUUAACCCCCAUGGCGAGGGGCACCCCUUCAGCCCCCACCGCAGGCCCUGCCACGCUGUCACCCUGCUGCCACUCACCCACCCCAAAGCCCCCUGCCAGCUGCCCCACACCACCGCCACGUCCCCGAGCCCCGUGCACUUUAUCUGUCUGCCCUGUGGGCAGCCCGGGGCCAGGCUCCAAGCUGCCCACCACCAAGGACAAGCGUGGAGAGGGCCGGCGGCCUGGAGCCGACCUCAACCCAUCGGAACCAGACUGGCCUCCCGGAUACUCCUGCCCUGCAGCCGGCUCUGGCUUCGCCCUGUCCCGCAACAUGCACUCAGCUGACCUCUCGAACCCCAAAACUAUGCAAGCUGCUGCCCCUGGGGCUCAGCCUGAGCAGGGGAGGACGUUCCUGCCCGGGGAGCCACCCCCGCGCAGCCUCCAGAGCCAGCAGGAGACUGGCCUGCCCUCAGCGGCUGGGGAGGCCACCCAGGACCUUGCCAACACCUCCCACCCUGCCGAGCAGGGAGCCCCGGGGAAGGCAGCAGACCCCAGCCCGCUGGAGGGGCUGGGAGAACUGCAAUGUGGGGCCCUCCUUGAGGGAGGGGACCCCGAAGCCCCUGGCUGGGCUAGUUCUACUCAGGGAGGGGCUGGAGAGGAGAGGACCCCGGUGGAGGGCAGGGAAGGGGCAGAGCACGGGCCCUUGCUGGGGGCUGGGCCCCAGGCCCUGGGGCAGCCGGCAAGGAGCCCAGGGGCCCUAAAUAGGGCUGAGCGGGGCCAGCAGCAGGUCCCUGGGGAGGCAGAGCUGGAGGAGGAGGCCGAGUUCGAAGAUGACGGCCUGGAAGAGGACACAGAGGGCGACUGGGGAUUGGCCCCGAACAUCUACCUGCACAGGACGCUGCCAGGCUUGGACGCCCUGGUGGCAGCCACCAUCGACUUGGGGGACCUGCCUGGCAUCAUCCCCCUGGACCCUCAGCCCCCUGCCCCCGCUGGACCCCCCAGCACUGCCCUCCUGCCCCAUAGCUCAGGAACUCAUGGCAUCGCCCUGCUCAGCGAGCUAGCCGACCUGGAGAGCCAGCUGCAGCCUGAGCCUGCUCUGCGAGAAGAAGAUGUGCUGGCCUUCAACCUGCAGCGCCUGGCCACCCUGGCCUCAGCCUGGUCUCUGGUGGAGGCUGCUGGCCUAGACAUCCCUGCCUCCUCAGCUCAACCCCCUGCUGCCAACCCCUGCAGUGUCCCCAUGCUCACCCCCCGCAUGCAGAUCCUGCAGCGCAAGGACAGCUGGACCCCCAAGAUCAAGCCUGUGUGCCCACUGAAGGCCGCCAUUGACCAGCUGGACACGCAGGAGGUAGAGUUGCGUGUGCAGCUGGCAGAGCUGCAGCGGCGCUACAAGGAAAAGCAACGGGAGCUGGCCCGCCUGCAGCGCAGGCACGACCGCGAGAGAGACGAGAGCGCGAGGAGCCCCGCAAGGCGGGGGCCCGGGAGGCCCAGGAAGCGCAAACACACCAGCUUGCUGCCUGCCCUGCGUCCUGGGGGUCAGCUUCCCAGGGGCGACAGCAAGCAAGUCAAGGCAGUGCGGUCCAGCCUGAGCCUGCUGUGUGCUGAGCUUCGGGGCAGUGACGAGCCUGGGAGGAAGCACCGCCGACUGGAGAAGGGCAUCUACGCGGGCCUGCGGCCUGCCUCCACCGCAGCCUCUGCCUCGGCCUCCGUGGAAAAGGUUCGGUGUAAGAAGAGCAGCAGCCGGGGAGAGCUGGUAUCCCCAGGGGCCCAUAGGGUGGCCCAGCUGAAGCCGAAGGUCAAGAGCAAGGGGCUGCCCGCUGGCCUCAGUCCCUUCAGGCGGAAAGAGACCGCCCCAGGGGGUCGCCUCCGGAAGAAGCUAUCCCGGGCCAAGAACACCAAGGUUUCUGGGGUAGCCCGGCACCGACAGCCCGCUGGUGAUGCCAGGGCCCAGCCCGUAGGGGCCACAGCACAUGAAGCAGGCAGUGGCUCUGACAGUGAGAGCGAGGGCCUCCUGGGGACAGAGGCGCCCCCCAAGGAACCUGGGCCGGCGCUGCAUUUGGGGGCCGGCUCGGCCGUGCCGGGGCCCUCGCCCUCCUCCGUGGUCAAGAUGGAGGCCAACCAGAAGGCCAAGAAGAAGAAAGAGAGGCAGAGCUUGCCAGGUGACCCGGAGGCUGGGACGGGCUGGGGCCGGCCUGCUGGGGGCCAGGGCCCCUGUGACGCCCCCCCGCACGCAGGGGCCUGCCGCCUGUCCAGCCCAGAGAGUGGCGUCAAGAUCAAGAGGCGGACGGUGAGGGCCACGGGGAGCUCCAAGCCGCGGCGGGCCCCGGGGCGCGGGCCCCCAGGCAGGAGGACCGCCGUGGGCAGGGCCAGAGGCAGCCUACGGGCAGAGCCAGGGGCCACUCCCAGCCGGGACACCCUCUUCAGCCCCACCCGGGCCUUCACCUGCCGGGAGGGGAGCAGCAAGCUGGCCAGCGAGCGCCUCAAGAGAGCCACCCGCAAGAGCACCGCGCUCCCGCCAGGACUGCGGCGGAAGAACGGGGCCCUGUCCAUCGCUCUGUCACCCCGCAAUGCCAAGGCCAUCCUGGGGGAGGGCAGGAAGGUGAGCAAGGUGAAGCGCAAGGCUGCCAGCCAGCAGGGCAAGGGCCGGGCGGUCAGUCGUCUCCUGGAGAGCUUCGCGGUAGAGGACCACUUCGAGUUUGAUGACAGCAGCAGCUUCGAGGACGAGGAGGAGCAGGCCGGGGGCCCCCUGAGCGCGGAGCAGAGCGCCGCCCUGGCACGCUCAUGCGCCAUCCACAAGGAGGACCUGCAGGAUGGGCUGCCUGUGCUGGUCCCCAAGGAGGACAGGCUGCUGUACGCGGGCAGCGUCAGGACCCUUCAGCCCCCCGACAUCUACAGCAUCGUCAUUGAGGGAGAGAGGGGCAACCGGCAGAGGAUCUACUCGCUGGAACAGCUGCUGCAGGAGGCGGUGAGGGGCGGCCCCCAGGCCCGCUGCCCCGGGGAGGUGCUCGAUGUCCGGCCCCAGUCCAGCCGGUACCUGCCGCCUGGGACAAGGGUCUGUGCCUACUGGAGCCAGAAGUCACGCUGCUUGUACCCAGGCAACGUGGUCCGGGGCGCCUCCAGCGACGAGGAGGAGGACCUGGACUCCGUGCUGGUGGAGUUUGAUGACGGCGACACAGGCCACAUCGCCAUUUCUGACAUCAGGCUGCUACCCCCGGACUUCAAGAUCCAGUGCACUGAGCCCUCGCCCGCCCUGCUGGUGUCCAGCAGCUGCCGGAGGACCAAGAAAGCUUCCUUCGCGGCCCCCGCACCCAGCGAGGCUGCUCCCAGCCUGUCCCCCAAGGCACAUGAUGGCGCUGAAGCCUCCAAGACCCCUGGGAAGAAAUCCAUCGGCAAAGACAAAGCUGGCAAAGCGGAGCUCCUAACCUCAGGUGCCAAGUCCCCCUCGGGGGCCUCCGACCACUUCCUGGGCCGCCGGAGCAGCCCACUGCUGAGCUGGUCCCCGGUCGCACAGACCAAGCGAAAGGCUGUGGCUGCGGCAACGGUGGGCAGCAAGGGACCAGGCAUGCUGCCAAACCUCUUCCAGCUCAACGGCAGUGCCAAGAAGCUGCGCGCCCGCGAGGCGCUGUUCCCCGUGCACAGCAUGGCUGCACCUGUGUUCGGCAACGGCUUCCGUGCAGAUUCCUUCAGCAGCCUGGCCAGUUCCUACGCGCCCUUCGUCAGUGGAGGCGGGACGGGCCUGCCCGGGGGCGCCCACAAGCUGCUGCGGGCCAAGAAAGCAGAACGGGCGGAGGCCGAGAAGGGUGGGCGGCGGAGGCCAGGUGGAGAGUUCCUGGUCAAGCUGGACCACGAGGGUGUGACCUCCCCCAAGAACAAGAACUGCAAGGCCCUGCUCAUGGGCGACAAGGACCUGGGGCCCAAGCUGGCGCGGCCCCUGCCGAGCCCCAGCUACGCGCACCCAGCCCUUGUGGGCAAGGACAGGAAGGCGCGGGCACCCGUCCACCCGCUGCCUGUGGGCCUGGCGCUGCGCAAGUUCGCGGGCCAGGCUGAGUAUCCGCUGCCCUGUGACAGCGACUGCCACAGCUCCUACUCGGACGAGGAGGACGAUGGGCCCGGGCUGGCCCCCGGCGUGCCCACCCGCUUCCUCGCCCGCCUGCCUGCAUCCUCCUCCUCCUCGGGCUCAUCCACCUCCUCCUCCUCGGGCUCCCUGUCCACGUCCAGCCUCUGCUCCUCCGACGACGAGGGCUCAUCCUACAGCUCUGAGGACGAGGACCCGGCCCUGCUGCUGCAGACCUGCCUGACGCACCCUGUGCCCGCCCUGCUGGCCCAGCCCGAGACCCUGCGCGUCAAGGGGGGUGGCCCCCACGUGCACGCCCAGCGCUGCUUCCUCGCCAGGGCCGCGGCGGGCGCGGGCGCGGGCCCCGGCAGCAGCAAGUCCAAACUCAAGCGCAAGGAAGCCCUGAGCUUUUCCAAAGCCAAAGAGCUUUCCCGGAGGCAGCGGCCGCCCUCCGUGGAGAACCGGCCAAAGAUCUCAGCCUUCCUGCCUGCCCGGCAGCUCUGGAAGUGGUCCGGGAGCCCCACACAGAGGCGGGGCAUGAAGGGGAAGGCCAGGAAGCUGUUCUACAAGGCCAUCGUCAGGGGCAAGGAGACGCUGCACAUCGGGGACUGUGCCGUCUUCCUGUCGGCUGGGCGGCCCAACCUACCCUACAUUGGCCGCAUCGAGAGCAUGUGGGAGUCGUGGGGCAGCAACAUGGUGGUGAAGGUCAAGUGGUUCUACCACCCAGAGGAGACCAAGCUGGGGAAGCGGCAGAGUGACGGGAAGAACGCACUGUACCAGUCCUGCCAUGAGGAUGAGAACGAUGUGCAGACCAUCUCCCACAAGUGCCAGGUCGUGGGGCGCGAGCAGUAUGAGCAGAUGAUGCGGAGCCGGAAGUGCCAGGACCGGCAAGACCUCUACUACCUGGCAGGCACCUAUGACCCCACCACGGGGCGCCUGGUGACAGCUGACGGCGUGCCCAUCCUAUGCUGAGCCUGCACCCGGACUGUGCCCAGGGGUGUCAGGAGUGUGCGGCAGGAGGACGGCUGACAGGCAGUGGUGAGCCCCGUGCCGCCACGCGAGCCUGUGCCCUGCACCUCGGAGGGGCACAUCUGAGCAAAUAUGCAAACCCACCAAGGCAAGAACCAGGCUUCCCUCCUGUUUCCCUGGGAAGGAGAGAGCGCCGGGGCCUGGGAACCGCGGCCUGCCCUGGGCCACGGCUGCUCUGCUUUCCCGCCGCAGGACCCGAGAGAUUAGAAUCCAAGCCAUAUUUUCCCUAGUACCUCCGACUGUCCCCACCAGGGCGAGCCGAGUCAGGUGUGCUGUCUAUUUAUUUCUCUAUGUAAAUAUUGUAUUUCUGCGGGGAAGUUUUAUGGAAAAAAAAAAUGGGAAAGAUUUUUCCCUACACGCGUGGUGAGGGGGUGUGUGCAUGGGUGUGUGCGUGUGUAUGUGGGGGAGGUUUUGUUCUGGGGUUUCUUUGAAAAUGCACUGUUGUCCUCAGCCUAGCUGAGUUCCGACGCGGCUUCUGUGACUCCGAAGGCGGGUGGAGGUGGGCACCCCGGCUACACUGCUGACCCUUGGGCCUGCGUGAGAUGGAAGUCACACCCAAGUGUAUUUCCUUCUAAUCCAUCUCCUAAGAAAGAAAGCCUUUUUUGGGGGGUGUGGGGGCAAGAAUGAGGGUCCCUCGGGGGGAUAUGGGGUUCUAGAGGCUAAAGUGGAAGCCAGGACCAUCCGGUCCUCUGGCCACAGCACAAUAGCAGCCAUAUGUAUCUUACCUCUGUUUAAAACAAAACAAAAAUGAACAAAUAUUUUAAAGUAUAGAUAUGAAAAAGUGAUGUUUUGAUCUCAUUUACUGAAUAUUCCAAGUUGUUUUCUGAUUUCUGUUUCAAUGGCCAGUUUGACCUCCAGUAACAGCAGGGAAGGGACCAUCCCCAUCAACACUUGGAGGUCUCCAGGCCUUGUCUGUGGUCACUUGGCAGGCAGAGGGCUUGCUGGGCUAGCUUGGGGCACGGAGCAGGAAUCCCCCUGGCCUGCCCGAGCCUAUGCCCUGGCCCCAAGUGCAGGGAGCACCCCCCAGGGGUCUCUUUACCCCUACACCCAGUACCACUGGGCUCUGUGGUGCCAGGUGGGUGCCCCAGACCCCCAGACCCACCCCGGCAGCCCCAGAGAACUUGCCGCCUUCCCCGGCAGUCAGGAGGGACAGACAGAACCAGACCUGUGGACCAACGGCUCUUGUCCUCAAAACGCGCUGAGGGCUGUGUGCCCCCAUGCCCCACCACACCGAGGUUCCCCAGGCCCCACCAGGAGCCCCGGCAAAGUCCCACAAGUCAGCCACCGCUCCUUAGGGUGAGUUGAGUGACCUGUGGACCCACAGCCCAGACCAGGAAACGAGGGGUGUUUGUGGGUGCUGAGUGCCCCAGUCGGCCCCUCAGCCCCCUUUUCUUUUCCACCAGGAACCCCCCCCAGCCCCUCUAGAGGGCCCUCCUCCAGCUCCUGGUGGCCCCGCGGGAAGUGCCAGGACAGGGAGAGGCCCCCUGCACCCCAGCGUCCCUCCCCCGCCCGGACUCUCCUCUCUGUCUCUGCACAAGUGCAAUAUUUCAUUCCUGGUGGUCAUCCGGGAGGUGGCGGCCAAGGUCCUCUCACGACUGGGGAGGCAGAAGGUGCCGAGUGGAGAAGGUGUGUUGUGCAGAGGCACCGAGUGGGGCGGCCCAGCUGCAGAAAUCGGGACUGAGGGCUCUUUCCCAGCCCGAGCACCGAGCUAAGGGAAGGCCUUUCCUGGGCCCCUCGCUGACUCUUCCCCGCCUGCCGGGCUCCCUCUGCCCUCUCUUCUCCCACUGUGUGCGUGUGGACGGCGCGGCCCUGCCCCGCUGACCAUGGUUGGACCUGGCAAAAAGCACGAUUAUUGUAAAUGUGUAAACUAAGAGGAGGGGUGGAUGUUUUUUCAAUGUAAACACUAAAACAAAACACACACAAAGGUUUUAUGAACAGCAAACUCUAUGUAAAGGCAUUUUAGUAUUAAAUUUUUUAUUGAUAACUUGCUUAAGAAUAAAUAUAUGAACUAUUGUA